AAUGGUUGCUGAGAUGGGAGAGUGGCUGGCAUGGAAAUGAUGGUUAAAAAAUGUAGAUAGACGUUCCAAAUUUACAUUUUGUCCCCAAAAUGUCUGCCUCCUCUUAUUUACCACUCAGAAAAACAGAGACGCAUGGAAUCACAUUUCAGAUUCAAAUCAGUGUGAAAGAACUACUGGAUACAGAUGUACUCUUAAAGCUGUUAUUUCAUUUACCAGUCAGUUAUCCAUCGACUCUACCAGAUAUUUCUGUUAGCUCAGCCCAGCUUACAAGGGCCCAAUGUAUGGAUGUGAAAGAGAAAUUACUUGAACAAGCAAAGAAGCAUCUUUCUGAACCCAUGGUACAUGAUCUGAUUCUUUGGAUACAGCAGCAUCUUAAAUAUGUCAUUAAGCAAUCAGCAACAGUUUGCCAUGAAAAAACUACUUUGUCAAAAGAGAAGAGUACAGAGGACGGUAUCUGGAUGCUCCUUUUGCAUUUAGAUCACAUGAGAGCCAAGGCAAAAUACGUCAGAACUGUGGAAAAAUGGGCUUUGGAUCUAAGGCUGACUGGAAGACUGAUGUUCAUGGGCAAGAUAAUAUUGAUUCUUCUUCAGGGUGACAGGAGCAACAUUAAGGAGUACUUGAUUCUUCAGAAAACUUCUAAGGUAGAUGUGGACUCAAGCGGAAAGAAGUGCAAAGAGAAAAUGAUUAGUGUACUGUGUGAGACAAAAUUACAGGCACAGCAGAAAAGGUUUCAGACGUUUGAAGUCAAAGAAUAUUCAACACUGGAUGAGCUGCGAAAGGAAUUUGAGAACUCAGGACUUACAACUCUUUUCUUGGAGUUUGUGCCUCCUCUCUUGAAAUAGAAUUAAAAGAAAGCACUGGACCGUUGAGCAAACCAGUAGUAAACUGCAGGUGCUGAUGGAAGAUAAAAUGUCUAAUUUGGCAAACAACAUUAAAGCUUUUCUGCAAAAGAUGCCGGAAGUAGCCAUCCUCUUGCAAGGAGAAUUCAUACAUUAAGAACAGAUAAUUUCUUGACCUUUAUGUACUGAUAACUUAUUCCAAGGAAUGUGAAAUUAAUUGUGAUAACUGCAUGGUUAAGUGUGAGAGAAUGGGGAAGAAAUCAUGUUAAAAUAAUAGUCUUUUAGUUAGAAUCAGUUUGCAAGCCCUGUUUUUCAGUGUUUUGAGUUUUGUCUCACGGUGGUGGUUUUUCAUAAUGGCCUGCUGGAAAGCAUGAUUAGUUUUGCUUUGAAAACUUACAUGAGGAUAUUUCUAUAAAAAGAGAAUCAAACACAGAUUUUAAUAUGAGGACAACAUAUUCUUAAUAUCGCUUAGGAGUUCAUGGGCUAACUUUCCCUUCUCCAUUUAUUUGAUUAUAAAUGCUAGACGGUUGAUGUAAAGGAAAAACUCAUGUCACUUGUGGCCUGAAAACACUUCAAGUGUCAUUUUGAAUGUUAGUUCUUGUUCUAAAAUGCACAAAAACACCUAAGUGGAGAAUUGAAAUUGAUUAAAAACCUAAGGUAAAGGCAAUUGUAGUAUUUUCUUUGAUAGUUGACAGAUUCCUUUUUGCGCUUGAUCUGGUUUUACUGUCUGUGCAUCUGCAGAUAACUUGAUGGAAUUAAAAUGUCAGAGCAGUCUA